AUGUCUUUAAUAAAUGUCCAUCCUCCUAAAACGUAUUUCGGUGCGGGAGACAUUCAAAAGUCAUUGGGUCCUCUUCCUGGAUUCCCAUGGGCAAAAUAUCCCGGAGAAAAACAUCUCCCAGGCCACAAUUAUACAGGUCCAGGCACGAGAUUAGAUCUGCGUUUAGACGAAAAUGAUAAUCCCAAACCAGGGGAAGAACCCGUUAAUAGAGUUGACGCAGCAGCGCUCAAACACGACAUACUGUACAGAAAUAAAGACGUAACAUUCAGACACCAAGCAGACAAACAAAUGAUAGACGAACUCGAAAAUAUUCCCAAUCCCACUUUCAAAGAGAAAUUACAAAGGGCUCUUAUCGUAAAACUCUUGAAGGCAAAAUUGAAAUUGGAAUCUAAAAAUCCCAUGAGUUCUACGGCGUUUAUAAACAAAGCGAAACCUUUUUUCGUGGAUCAAAUCGGAGACACCUUACAAGGGGAUAUCGAUAUGAACAAUUUCAAAAUAACUAAUUUAAAGUUUCCAGGAAACGAUAACGAUGCCGUGAACAAGAAAUAUUUACGGGAUCAAAUAAACGCAAUUCAAAUAGAUAAGGACCAUGUUGAAAAUAGAAUAAAUGACGUGAAAAGAUUCAUCAGACGAAAUAUUAAAAAUCUUGUGGACGAACCCAAACUACAACAAGAGUUAACGAGUUUCAAACGUCUUAUUCAAGUGGAUAAAACAAGUCAGUUGAUAUCUAAAUUAGACGAUAAGAUUACGAAGGUAAAAAUAGACGUCCAACGUUUAAUAGACAACCCAAAUGUAAACGAGGAUAGAUUGAAACGAAAACUAACCGCUUUGAAAAGAAAACUUGGUGAAUUGCUAGCAGAACUAGACAAGACCGCGGACAAAACCGAGUUACAAAAUUCGAUAUCCAAUUUGAACGAAAAGAUCGCGAAGCAAAAAUCAGAUGUUCAAGAUAUAAUUAACACACUUCCCAUUGACAAAGAUACGUUGAAACAACAAUUGACUGCUUUGGAUACUAAAAUCACGGACGAAUUAGAAAAAGAAGUGGGUGUGAUUAAAAACUUUCUUCAAAAUAAAUUUCGAGAUGAUAUGAAAAAUUAUAUUAAAGAACAGGUCAAUCUUUUUGUAUCUAGAAUUCAUGACAAUUUUUUGAGACAAGAGAGAAAGUUGAGCAAAUUAGAAGCUAUUGUCACGGACAAAUCGUAUUAUUUCAACCACCAUUCGAAAGUGAUACUGUCUUCGAUAGAAAAGACCAAAUUUAUAAAUCAAACAAAUACGGAUUCAAAGCAGAAAUAA